CAACAGGACACGAUGCCGACGCCGCCGUCCGGUGGGUAUGGAGCGCUUUUUCCUCGCCGUGCGCCACGUCUGACUGGCGAGAGACAGCCUCUCUCUUCGUCGUCGCCUUCUUCUGCAUUGGUGGCAAUCGAACAAAGCACGACUGGAACGGCUUCGACCAGCCAUGCCCGCCGAUUGCAAUCACCGUCGAACGCAUCAGGAGACGUGGGCCAGUGGAUAGUCCAGCAAUGGCACGCGACUGUCGCGUUUGAAUCGUUGACGCCGAUUCCAUUGCACGUCGCUUCCAUCUGUGUUGGGAUUGUCGUGUGCCUGGUCGCAGACAAACUGUCGUAUGUCGAUUCCCCAAUGCCCAAGAAGGGCCAUCGGCCAUCCAUUCCCGCUUCCACAAUACCGCCGACCGAACACUUUUACACAUGGCAUCACGUCCUCCUCUCUGUGGUUAUAUUCGACCUCGUGUACGCCAUUGCGUGGACGCGGUACAUGUGGACAUUGGCAGUUGCGUUCCCAACGCUCCGCUUCUUCCAUGCAUGCUGCAUUGCCCAAGUCAUCGCGGUGCUCAUCUCCCAAAUUCUGUUCUUUCUCCACAUGCUGGACACGUACAGCAUGCACUGGAGUGUCAUCGCAGCCCCUCUGGCCCUGCACGCCGUCUUGAGUCUCGUUCAGUGCGAGUGGCAGGCUCUUCUUGGCGUCACUGCCGUUGCCGCGGCGCUAAAGGCGGACGGAGUUAUUGCAGUCGACUGGUUUGUCGUAUUUACACCGCUGUGGGUGCUCCUGUCAUGUUUCAUCUCCUUGGUAUGGCUGUUGCCGCCACCCGCAUCAAGCGCGGACACGCCGUGGCGGCGAUGGAGUCAGGGGUUUUGGCUCGCCCAAGCUGCCGUUGUGUAUGCUGCAUUCGUCCCACUUGCGAUCAAACUCGAAAUUGGUUCGACGUCGUUGCCACAGAGCGACGGGACCAGCCACGACUGGCUUCCGUACCGCGUCAUGGUGGCCGUGUGGCUGCUGCCAUUUUCUUGUUUGGCCUUCAUCGUGUGCGUCCUGGUUGUGAUGGUCGAAUGCACACUUCCAACCGGUUGAGAUACCGAACACGAAUGCCAUUGCAAUGAAGGGCGUGCCGUGCUUGCAAGGAAACCUCAAGUUGCCAUUAUCGUUAGCGCAUGAGUGCUCGGCUGGGACGAAUGCAGGAUGGAGUGCCAUCGCCGUGGUUCAGAUGUCAAAUGAAAUUCUUCGGCAAAUUGUCAGAAAAUAGAUGGGAAUUUAGCUGCAAAAUAUACGAUUUGGUCCACAAA